CGUAUAUUUACGCAUACACAUUGAUGCAUUGAUGACAAUGAAUAACUCAGGUUUGUCUGGAUCUCUCUCUCUAUACCGUUGCAUCCUUCCGAGAUAUAUGACCAACUCUAUUAGGCAUUUCAAUAUAAAUGGCCUUUAUCUGUCGAAAUACAACGGGGGAUGGUUAUAUAGGGACAGGACUUUCUCUAUUGAUAAACGUUUUCCCAGCCAAUUGUCACAUCAUGAUUCCACAAGGGAUACAUCGUUACUUGCGUCCUCUUCGGGUACACAUGACAGUCAGUUGGAUGUGCAUACUUCUGAUAGUGUAGUUGAAACAAGUUAUGAGAUUGAAUAUUGCAACGAGAUCCUGUCUGAUCCUGUUAGUGACGUCAGUUUAGAAGAAACUGCGAAAUUUCUAAUUCCUUAUCCAAAUUGUGAUCGAACACAUCUAUUUGAUUACAUAACUCGUCCUUUUAGGCAAAGUUACAUGUUUGAGCCAGCCGUGGUGAUGAUACAACUAUGCGUUGAGCGUUUAGAAAAUGAGGAGUUGACGAAUAAGUUUGCCAUCAGCCCUGGAUUCAAUGACCGUGCUUAUUUUUUAUUUUUACAUAUUUGGUUACUACACCGACGUGCAAUGAAGGAGUUGCCGUUGGGGAUUUUGCUGGACAGAUAUUUAUUCCGCUGCGCAUUUGAGUUACUAAGUGAAUGGCUUGUUAAGAGAGGUAUUCCCGAACAUCGUUUCAAGAGUGAACGUGAAAAUUGUCAGGCAUUCAUGAUGAAAUUUCUGGUUGAAUUGGAUCAGUGUACCUUAGACGAAGACUUGUAUGCGUAUAAGAUUUCCAGGACGCUUCACUAUCACUUGUAUGAAGAGAACAUUGAUGAGCAAACACUAUGUCUUCUUGUGAAAUACAUAAUGCGUCAAUUUACUCACAUAUCUAACUUGGAAAGCAAGCACUUUCUGGACGCGAUGUUUUUAUGGGCUGACCACGAGUCCAUAUGCAAACCUCAACGUCUGUUGAAACGAGCAAUGCCACAGCUGAUUAAAUACGGAGGUUACAAAGGACCCUCUCCGGAAACAGUUGCCUUAGGUGCCGGUUCAGACAAAAUCGAAACGAGCACAGGACGCUCAACAAAUCGCAUUACGAACUCUUAACUAAACUCUAUAGUUCUAUCGUGACACUUUGCUAAGCACAAAUAAAGCAUUGUUGG